AGACUCUUUUCCUUGCACUUCAAAGACUGACGCUUUCCCCCCCUUAGCGCUAAGCCAUCUUACUUUUCGGCUUGUUUUGUCACGAAGGCCUUAAUACGCCGUUCACGCAUCCACGCACCCAACGUUCGCUCAGAAGAUCAAAUCCAAAGUUAGCAUCCAUUCGAGAAUUUAUCAACGUUCAACGAUAUCAACGACACAAUGAUUCCUUUUAUUCCAACACUUAUCCUUGCUUUUAUCUCGUUCAUAUCAUCAGCUUUUGUUAUUCUUCGCAUAGUAAUUCCAAUUCUUCCACCUCAUCCUUUAAGCAGAAGAGUCGCUCCCUCCGAGUUCGGACUGCCUAAUUAUAAUUUUCGUUCUCUUUCUUCAGCCGAUAAAAGUCACCUGUGGUUGGCUUCACUCGACAUCACGGCUCUGGUCGUCUUCAUUUGGCAGGCAUUCGGUGAAUACUAUGGUGGCCCUUCAGGAUAUGGGGAGGCCCGUGAUGCUGCAUCCUCGGCAAGGUUGUGGUUCGCCUUGACAAUCAGGCAAACAUGUCUCCUUGUAGUGUCCGCAAUCACUCUGAUCCACAUUCGUAUGGGGCGAUCAGUGUCUUUCGGAUCCAGACACUGGAUGCUGUGGGCACCUACCCUGCUACUGGGAUUCACAUCUACUGCACUCUCUGGUAUUAUCGCAGGGUCAGCUGUGCCAAGCUUCUUCAUUGGACUCUUCGCAUAUUCCUCUACUAUUGCUGUUUUGAGCAGUGCAGCAUUUGGCAGUCUCGUGUACACUCUCGUGGUGAUUCGGCGCAAUCUCGCUGCACUCAAUGAGCCUGCAGACAGCUGGCCACCCAUGAAAGAAGUCGAGGACAAGCCUCGCCCCUCCUUCUCGACCGAAGACGUUGACGUCCUCAGAGAAGGUAGCUCCUGGCUCACCUCUGAUGCUGGCAGUACGCAUCAAGACUCAGUGUCCAAUUGGUCUUUCUCGACUCAUCAAACACAUCCCCAUUCUGGUUCGUCGCGCGCCAACUCUGCCAUGGCAUCCAAGGCCUCCCUUGCGCCUAAAUCGUCUUACUGGUUUGAUCCGCCCACGCCUAUGACCAGCGACGCAUUGAUCCCACCAGUCCCACCCUUGCCAUCACCUUACCGUUCAUCUUCCUCUCCCACUUGCGCACUAAGCUCUGAUCCUGACCCAUUCCGUCGCGAUGCUCCCAGUCGACCACGUCUCGGCUCGCAGAGCUCAUGGUUGACUUCAGCGCCUGGGUCCCAAGUGACACACUCCGCAUGGUCCUAUCCGACAACUCCCCGAAGUGGCGUCAGCGUAAUCGAUCUUAAUGCUGAGCUUCUUCCCCACGCUACUCGUCCCCUGACGCCUGCUAUGUCGAGUGCUCGGGUUCUUGGAGGAUACGGCUCUCAAGGUGAUUCAGAAAGGGGUAUUGCUUCUUUGGCGUACAGUGGUAGUGACGUCGACAUAUCAUUUUACCGGUAUGCCUGCUGGAUGAUGACGAUUUGGGUACCUUUGGCGUUCUCCCUUCCAUACUUCCUGUCUUUUAUUGGAAAUGGCUUCGUAUCUUCUGCCACGCCUCUUCUUCUUGCACUCUCCGUCACGAUGUCUUCACCUCUCCUUGCCAUGAACAUCAUCAUGCGCUCGCCCAUUCCCAUUCCUACCGGUCUCUUCGAUGUUCACGAGGAACCUCCCUCGGUCUGCAUGCGUGCGCCCUCUCCGUGCGUCACUCUCGCCAACUACAACUGUGAGUAUAAGCGGUCUGGGUCGGUCACAAUUGUCGAAGGGAGACGCUCUGGAGAUGUCUGGAUCUCACAAGGGGACGCCGUGGACGGGAAAAGCAAGCUUAGCCGGGCACUUGGUCUCAUGACCCCUGUCCCGCGCCUAGCUGUUCUCCCUCCUGACGAUGAAAAGGAAGAUGGCGAGAUGACGCCCCCUCUCCCGAUGCAGAUUGAGGCUGAAUCAUUCAAUAAUUCUAUGUUCCCCAACACGCCCCAGUCUGCGGAGUUCGGGAGACUGAGGAAGGAGUCAGUUCAAUCAAGGAUUUCAGGCGAGGACUUUGCAUCGAGGAUUAUGAUUGCCCAGAGGCACUACUCUGCGCUGGCCACUACGGUUAUUGUCCCUGCAUCGCCGGAGAAGCAAGAUGGUGAUUUGCUCACUGUCACCACUGGUGCUGCCGUCGAGAAGAGGACUUCGGUCUCUGCGGGUUCUUCGCACCUCCGCUCCCGUUCUGUUUCCUCGGUCACCAUCGGUCAGGCAAUCAGCACCGACUACAGCCCCAGCCCCAGCCGACCUCCGUCUCAACCGCUUCCUCCCACGCCUCCCAACGUUCGUCUCGCCAAGCAACAAUCGAUGCGCACUCUAAUCCAUCGGAAGUCGUAUUCGUCUGGCUUCAGUUUCGGUGCCGCCGUCAACGAUGAUGUUAACGAGAUCGACGCACUCACUGCUGGUGUUCUUCCGCUCCUUGUGCCUGGCUUGAAGGUUGGAAGUGAUAUGAAGAUCAAGGAUUUCGAGUUCGAUCCCCCGAUCAGCAGCACCGUGACGAAGAAGAAGCGCCUACCUGCCUCCCAUACCCAGAAGGAUAAUGGCGACUUUGGUGUGCUCGCCGGAGACCGGGAGCAUAACAACGGCAAGGCGAAGCCCAAAAGGACGUCUACGCAAAAGAGACAUCACUUUAGUCUUCCGAGUCUCGGUCUUGGCAAGGACACUGUUAACUCUUUGAAGUGUGAGAUCAAUCGUGCACUUGCCACACAGAUUGGCGGGUACGCCAGCGUAAACGAUGCGAAGCGCAAUACAGUUUGGGAGGACGAAUCAGUUCCCAACCUUCUCGUACAUCCCCCCACGAAUGAUGAGAACCAGCCUGCUCCGAAUGGCGCCUCCCUCGGCCGCUCGAUAUCUACUCGUACUCUUGGUCUUCGUGUCGAAGUUCCUCACGGCAUGGACAGUGCACGUACCUCCGUCGCUACCCUUUUUGACGCCGAGAGAACUUUGCUUCCCCCGCCAUCCGCUGCAUCCACGGUCACUCUCUUUGACCCGAUGGCUGAAUUCGAUCCUACCGCGCAAAGCACACCACACGAAAAAGAAUAUCAAUAUACACGAAAAUAUCAAGCUGCCGCUAUGCCUCGCUCUCAACCGUCCUCGAAACGCUCUAGUAUCAUUUAUAUCAAAUCGUCCGAAGAACACGCUCAGGCCCCAUCAGAACCAGAAACUCAAUCCCCCAUCGAACAAAAUAACGCCAACGACAUAUCACCUCGCACGCUCGCACAGUGGUCCUCCCGGGUGGUGAAACCACUUGUACCCAAGUCUAGCAAGCAGCGCAAGGAGGUCGCCGAGACCGCAAUGAAGUCGGGCUCAAAUUCUCUUCGCACACUCUCCCUCCUUAAAGAUCGUGAUUCGAACCAUGAUAGUAUCGGUGAUGUCGCCGGUACUGGGUUCGCAGGUACACGACCGCUUGUUCUUGGAAAGAAGAAGUCAAAAACGGUGAAAGAGCAUGAUGAGAAUGUCGCUCCCAGUACUGGUUCUGCGAACAAGUAUCUGAAGCCGCUAAAGCUUAGUCGCACCGAGUCGAGCAAGGCUCGUGGGAUGCUUCGCAAGGACGAAACAAUCCCUAGCGUGUUCGUUCGCCCACCAUCCGACCGGAUGGAGUCGAUCUAUGAGGUUCGGUGAACUCUGACAUGACCUUUUCAUACUCCUCGAUUCAUUUUCUGUUUACUUUGGGUUUUUUUGUUGCUUUUAUGACCGUCCGCUUUCACUUUGCUUCCGUCCAAAGUUCGCUAUCGUACUUUUUUGAUGAUUUUUAUUCCACUUCAAAAGUUCAAGUUGAUUUCCACGUUUUCCCGCAGUGCGUUUGGUUUGCUAUCAAGUUUUCACAUACAAGUUCAAUUGCCAUGAAGUUAACACUGAAAAUACUCGCAUGUAUCGUCGACGCUGUAUGUACAGCUACUAUGCUUUUACCUUUCAAUAUUAUGCGAUCCUUCUCGUACACCAGAGUUGGUUUGACCUCAUCGACUUGUCACAGUAUUGCUGGCGAUCAGCUAACCAAGUUAUCA